CAGGGAGGGUGAGCUGGGAAUGAACAGAGACAACUCCCAGUUACAAGUGUAGCUUGCAGAACCUUGUGAGAUUUGAAGCUGAACUUGUUUGUAAGGAUGUUCCACAAAAAUUUAACAUAGUUGCAUUACAGAACUAUAUUUUCUCUGAAAGGUGUAAAUCUCUACCUUUGUGACCUUGUGAUAGGAGAGUUGGGUGGAAACAUUAGGAGUAGGAUUAAGACUCUUGUGUCCUACUUGGUUCAUUAGGACAGUUUUAUGCAGUUGUAAUUUAAUCAAUAAAUUUGCCUGGGCAUGUGCAGUGUUCCGAGUUGCAUAUUCACUAAGUGACAGGGCAAAGCUCCAGAGCUCCUUGUGCCUGCUCUGGCUGUGGAGCACCGUGUGCCCUUGUUUCGUUCUUGGCUCACUUGUGAAUUAAAGCUGGCUGAUGUUCUGAACAGGAGACGGAAGACGGAAACAAAAUAGGAGCUAUGCAGGUCUGCAUUGCCAGUAAACUUGAUGAAAAUAAGGAGGAUAGCAUGUAUAACAGAAAAUUAUAAUUGCAAAAAUGUUUGUAACACUGGCUAAUAAGUAAAAUAAACAUGAAAGUUGGAGCAGAAAGCAGUGCCAGUCGCUGGAGCCUUGUAGUGUAAAGUUUUGCUUUCACCGUGUUUAAACUUUGGUGUCGUUGUUAAAUGAUUCAGUAAUUGUCCUCGUCCACAGGCCGAUUUUUAAUUGUCGCGCAGAGCAAGAAACAGUGAGGGAUCCUCACUGUCUUUUCUCAUACCUAAGGCCCCCCAGCUCUGAGGAAAUGACUGUGACGAGAAUAAUGAGCCGUGCGAGGGGGGCGGCAGCAGCGCCCUCCGCGGAGCCGCAGCUCCACCCGGCAGCGGCUGCGCAGCCCCGGCCGGGCUCAGCGGGGAUGGGCUGGGAGCAGCCGUGGGCUGGCGGGUGGCAGAGCGAGGUGGGCAGGGAUUUCUCUCAGCCACUAGUAGGAGCUGUCUUUCAGCCUGAUCUGCAUCGCGGACUUUCUGUGAGGGAUUUCGUGCUGACAAAAAGCCCAAUGUGAUCCUUUGAGUAGCCCAAACUGUUUUCAUCUGAGAGAGAACUUGAGCCAUUGUCUUAUGCUAGUACUGCAAUGCUGGGUUCUAGCUCGACCACUGUGAAGAAUCUCCCUCUGAAGAGGAGGCUUUGUUUUCUGCUGAAACUUGUGUGCUUUGUCAGCUCAGUGUUACUAUUUUGUGAAUUUUUAAUUUACUAUGUGGUAAUAUUUCAAUGCAAAUGGCCAGAUGUGAAAGGUGGAGCUCACAUGAGUGAAAAAGAGACUUCAGUCCUAAAGGCCAUAAUUUUAGCUGAUACACACCUACUUGGUGAAAUCAGAGGACAUUGGCUGGAUAAGCUAAGAAGGGAAUGGCAAAUGGAGAGAUCUUUCCAAACUGCCUUGUGGUUACUGCAGCCAGAUAUUGUUUUUAUUCUGGGAGAUGUUUUUGAUGAAGGAAAAUGGAGCUCACCUCAGGCCUGGGAAGAUGAUGUCAGGAGGUUUCAGAAAAUGUUCAGGCAUUCAGUUUCUACGGAGCUGGUGGUCAUCGCCGGGAACCACGACAUUGGAUUUCAUUACGAAAUGACUACUUACAAGGUAAAUCGAUUUGGAAAGGUUUUCAACUUUACUUCAGCAAAGCUGAUAACUCGGAAAGGAAUAAACUUUGUCCUAGUGAACAGUGUAGCCAUGGAGGGUGAUGGCUGUGCUGUCUGCCGGACCUCAGAGGCAAAACUUGUGGCUCUUUCUCACAAACUGAAUUGCUCCCAGCAGAAACUGAAUCAUUCCAACAAAAGAUGCAGUGAUGUGGAAAAGCUUCCAGCUUCAGAACCCAUCCUUUUACAGCACUACCCUCUCUAUCGGAAAAGUGAUGCUGAAUGCACCGGAGAAGAUUCUGCUCCUCCAGAGGAAAAAAACAUCCCCUUUAAAGAAAAGUAUGAUGUACUGUCUAAAGAGGCAUCACAAAAGCUGCUGUGGUGGUUUCAGCCCCGUUUGAUUCUCAGUGGGCACACUCAUAGUGCUUGUGAAGUGCUGCACGCAGGGAAAAUUCCAGAAAUCAGUGUCCCAUCAUUCAGUUGGAGGAAUAGAAAUAAUCCUAGUUUCAUCAUGGGCAGCAUAACACCAACUGACUUCUCCCUCCAAAAAUGCUUCCUUCCAUUUGAGAGCAGAGUCUUCACUAUCUACUGUGCAGCAGGUGCUCUGCUCGUGAUCCUGGUACUAGCUCACGUUCAGCUUCUCACUCCACCGUUUUAUUUUGCUCAGCGUUUAAUCAGUAAGCAUAAAGCAGUAUGAAGAGCCAGACAUCUGCAUUCAGUCACUGAAAUACCAAAGCUGAGAACAGUCAAACAUCAGACUAUAUUCAUGCCAGCAAAUGACCUAAUUUGAUUGCUAGUCUGAAGGCAGGUUGCAUUUACACAUACCAUAGAAGUCCUAUACAGCUGAUAUGACUACUACAGGAUAAAUAAUUAACUGAAAUGAACGUUUCAUGCUGUACAAAAAUACUGUAUUCGACAAUCAAAUGAGUCCUUUUCCUGCUAUAAUUUUUGUAUCAAAUAUGUAUAUUAAAAGUGUAACUGUACAUUAUGUAAAUCCUAUAGCCUCAUCACUUGUCUCCACUUGUGUCUUACCCUGGUGGAGGCUCAAUCUUGCAAACUGGAAACGUUUCUGUUUUAUUGCUGCGUGGCCCUUCAAAUGUCAUACUUGUGUUUGUUAGGGUCAGGCAGAAUCCGGAUGCAUCAGCACUGAGAGAUGCAGAUUUCCAUAACCUUUUUAGGGUGUGGUGUAAGGGGCUGGUUCCUGACACAAUAAAUUGUUAGCUGACUAUAAUUUGCAGUUACCCAUCUACCAGACAACAAGGGGAAGAAGCUCAAGGAUCCAGUUUGCUGAUACACACUUGAAAACUGCUUUAAAAAAAACUAGGGUGACACCUCAAGCUGCUGCUUUCAAAAAGAUGUGCUAUGAUGAGCUUAAAAAAGAGGGCCCUCUUGCAUCCCAGAGAUGUGUGUGGUGAGGGGCCCUCCAGUUGCCAAUCUCCUGCAAGAAGGAAGGUCAAAUACAGCUGCAGUAACAUUAUCCUAUGCCUCAGCCCUCAGUCUACAGCCAGGGAUAGGAAUGUGCCUUAUUUUACAUUCCACAAGUUCUAUUGACUUUAGUGUAGUGUCACAUUUUGAACUGCACUAGCUCCUCUGUGGGGAGGCAGAGGCCACAAAGAUAAAAUCUGAGCUCAGUGUCUCCAGUGUGUGGGGGAAGGUGGGACAGACCUACUGCUGCUCCCCACCCACCCCAGAAAAAACAGAGGGACUGCUUCACACCAGGACCAGUUUUCCUGCUGAUGUUCCUGCAGGGGCUGGGAGCUCUAACCUGAACUCCUGGGCUGGGGCUAGUUUAAAAAAAAAUACUAUCUUUUGUUAUUCAUUCUAUUACUUUCUUUGGCAUGAGAAAUAAGAAAAUUUUGGGAAUUUUGUUUAGUGUUAGCUUAUUCCACCCAGCCUUUCACUUUUUUGGGAAAUACGACUAAAUUGAACAUAUAGAUUUCUGGGAAGAGAAAAUGGUCAUAUGAUAGUAUCUAAAAUGGGAUUGUUUUAUAUUCAACUGGAAACAAGUUCUCAAUGGGACUGUAGUCUGAUUUUAAAAAGAUGACUGGUUGGGGUUUAAAACUAAUAAUAAUAC